AUGGGCUGUUUUCAGUCCAAAACCGCCCAUUUAGCUUCUCCUGACCUAGACCCUCCUCUAGCUGAAGAAGCCAAGCCAGAUCUAGCUACUAAUGACCAACUUGACUUCCAACACAAUCACGAUCAAGACCAACUCAUCCCUCCGUUCAGGGAGUUCUCCUUGGCCGAGCUCCGAGCCGCCACCAACGGAUUCAGCAGCGAUUUGAUUGUUUCCGAGAGCGGAGAGAAGGCUCCCAAUGUGGUUUACAGAGGAAAGCUUAAGAAUAAUAAUAAUAAUCAUAGGCUUGUCGCUGUCAAGCGCUUCUCCAGGCUCUCUUGGCCUGACCCUAACCAGUUUCUCACCGAGGCUUCUGGGGUUGGAAAAGUUCGCCAUAACAGACUGGUCAAUUUGAUUGGGUGCUGUGCAGAGGGAGAUGAGCGCUUGCUGGUCGCUGAAUACAUGCCUAAUGACACUCUCUCUAAGCAUCUCUUUCACUGGGAAAAGCAGCCUUUGCCGUGGGAAAUGCGCGUCAGAGUUGCUUACUACAUUGCACAAGUGCUUGAUCAUUGCAAUGCCCAGAACCGCAAAAUUUACCAUGAUUUGAAUGCAUACAGAGUUCUUUUUGAUGAGGACGGUGACCCCCGAUUAUCUAGUUUUGGCUUGAUGAAAAAUAGCCGAGAUGGGAAAAGCUACAGCACAAAUUUGGCAUAUACUCCACCAGAAUUUUUGCGAACAGGUAGGGUCAUCCCUGAGAGUGUGAUAUACAGUUAUGGAACUGUUCUACUGGAUCUUCUGAGUGGGAAACACAUCCCUCCAAGCCAUGCAUUGGACUUGAUAAGAGGGAAGAAUUUACUAUUAUUGAUGGAUUCAUCCUUGGAAGGACAAUAUGAAAAUGAAGAUGCAACUGCUUUAGUUGAACUAGCCUCAAAAUGUCUACAGUAUGAGGCCAAAGAUCGACCUGACAUUAAGUUUCUCCUUUCAGCAGUGGCCCCUCUCCAGAAGCAGAAAGAGGUUGCAUCACAUGUGCUAAUGGGCCUAUCUAAAACUCCAGCAGCGCUGCCAACCAUGCUUUCCCCACUUGGAAAGGCUUGUGCAAGGAUGGAUCUUACUGCAGUGCAUGAUAUUUUGCUUAAAACAGGCUAUAGAGAUGAAGAAGGUGCAGAAAAUGAGUUGUCAUUUCAAGAGUGGACACAACAAGUGCAAGAUAUGCUGAAUACAAAGAAGUUUGGGGAUAUUGCUUUCAGAGACAAAGAUUUUAAAAAUGCUAUUGAUUAUUAUACAAAGUUGGUAUCGAUGAUGUCUGUUCCUUCUGGUACUAUUUUUGUGAGGCGAGCCCUGUCAUACUUGAUGAUCGGCCAAGAAGAGCUUGCAUUGAGAGAUGCAAUGCAGUCUCAGGUGUGUUUGCCGGAGUGGCCUACCGCAUUCUACAUGCAAGCUCUGGCGCUGUCCAAGCUGGGAAUGGAAAGCGAUGCUCAGGACAUGCUUACUGAUGGGGCCUCAUUUGAAGCAAAGAAGCAGAACAGCUGGCGCAUUUAA